GGUUGUCAAUGUCAAUCAAACUAGUUUUAUUUACAAUUUUCGUCCAUGAUAAAUCUUAUCAUUUCUUAUACGCAAACAUUCAGGUAAAAUGAUUAAUGUUAUGAAUUUCCAAACUAGCUGUAUGAUAAGAAUUGAGUGCCGGAUUCUCACUGUUUAUAUCCCAUCUUCGAAUGCGGAUGAAUCAUUUUUAUGUAAGAGCUCGGACAAAAUGGCGGAUGUUUUUUUUACUUUCCCAUUCCAAUUUAUUGGAAUAAUCACAAAAUAUUCUGUAGGAUAUUAAAGGUUUUUGUGAAAGUGACAAUUAAUUACCAGUGUCGAUUAUUGAUCUCGUAGGUAUAUCGUAGUGCGUUGUUAUCCAGUGUGUAUGCGUGGAUUGUUAUCUUCGAUUUGUCAAUGGUAUAUUUAAAAAAGAAUGUUCAUUCAGAAAUGCAUAUUUAUCUUAUCGUACGCGUAUGAUUCAGACUUCAGACCACACAAGUCUAAACAUGUAUAGUGUUGUUUUCGAUUCCUACGCUUUGAUAAUACGAAGUAAUACUUGGAUCUCGGAUAGAUCUUUGAAUUUUGUUAAAUUGUUUUGAUAUACUGGGUGUAGUGACGUUUUAGUUACUAAUUUGCAUAUUGUUUUAAGGUAUAUCGAUGAUCAAAAAUUUAAGGUACUUGUGGACAAAUAAGGUUAUGUAGCUGAACAUGAAAUGUAAAUUCCACUGCUUCUACACCUACCUGACCGACAAGGUGUUCCAAACUAUGGACCUUACUGCCCCUGGGCCUUCAGCAAGCUGUUCCUGUGAAGUCCAGGAUUCCCAUACAAACCCCUCGGCACCCACUUCCUCUGACGUUGAGGCUGUUUCGGUCGCCAGAGAUAGAAGCAGAGGUAGGAUCAGCUUGUUUGGGCUGUGUAGAGAGAAGCAGUUGCCAAAUACGAUAUCGAAGAAGUCAAAGAAGUCCUCGCAGAACAGCGCCGCUGGAUCUGGCAUAGGGCUGAGCAUUGUAAAAAAAUCACCGAGGUUGUUCAAAUAUCUCUGUCUGAGGAGGGAGCCUAAGAACACUUUGCAAGAUAUGCAAGGGUGUUGUCAGUGCACUUGCUACAGGCGGAGGAAUGAUAGUACAGCUGGUUCAAGAAUGUUUUCCUCGAACGAGGACAACAGAUCUUGCGGCCAGCGAGCCGUUAGCAAAAACAGUUCACAAGCGCACUUCACGGAAUCGGCAGAGAGCAUAGAAGGCCGCGAAGAUUCAGCUGUAGCUUGGCAUCAAGUUGAAAUCGAGCCGUCUACCGGUUUGAGAGGGAUAUACGGCACCGCGCCUGCGACUAGCUCGAUUCCUAGCUUUAUUAUUGGUGCUGAAGAGAUGCUGCGCAGCCAGCACCAGCACGAAGACUGCGAAGAAGCCGCUCGGCUGGCGCGCGCUCGCGAGAUAGAACAAGGCGUUGAAGCACCGGCUAACUUCAGGCCUGUACGGCGCGUCCAGUUGCUGCCAUCGGCCGCCCCCGGCGGUGGAGCGGGCGCCGCCCCCUCGAGCAGUAGGGAGGAAGGCGCCGUCUCCGAAGCGGCUGGAGAAUGCGCGGCGCAGCAGGCGCCGCUCAGGAGAUUACAGCUCGUCUGUCCGCCCGACUUGAGUCUGGAGAGUCUCAGGGCGUUGUUCAGGCAUCACGUGACAUUAAGGUCAUGUCCACUGGAUAGUAUAACAGGAUGCCACACACAAGUGGAUUAUAUACACUGUCUCGUACCGGAUCUAUUGACCAUCACAAACUGCAGUUUCUAUUGGGGUAAAAUGGACAGGUACGAGGCGGAAAGCCUGCUGGAAGGCAAACCUGAAGGUACAUUUUUGAUCAGGGAUUCCGCUCAGGAGGAGUUCCUUUUCAGCGUAUCGUUCAGAAAGUACGGCAGAUCGUUGCACGCUCGAAUAGAACAGUGGAAUCACAAGUUCAGCUUCGACUCGCAUGAUCCUGGGGUGUAUACCUCGGACACCGUAUGUGGCCUGAUUGAACACUACAAGGACCCCAGCAGCUGUAUGUUCUUCGAACCGAUCCUAACGUGGCCCUUACACAGAAAAUUCACGUUCUCCCUGCAGCACCUCUCACGUGCAGUGAUCGUGAGCCGACUAACAUACGACGACAUAAACACCCUUCAACUGCCAAAAUCGCUGAAAAAUUACCUGAAAGAGUACCACUACAGACAGAAAGUUCGAGUGGAACGAUUCGACGACGAUGUGCAAUGGCUGGAACUGUUUCCGAAUUUGUACAACGGUUUGUCGAAACUUCCAUAAGUUUUCGCAUAGGUUUGAAGCUUUUUUAAAGGCGCUGUAUUGAGUCGAAGAACUAGUAUGAAUGCUAACUCUUUAGAGUUUACCGGAAAUGGUGUGGAUAUCUUUAGACGCAGGUCACUACACAGAUGUGUACGAGGAGCAGUUUUUAACUAGGAACCGUUUUGUAAUGGGGUCAGAAAUUUACGAACGUUUCAUUAUAAUCGGAUUCAAGAUGGCAGACGAGAAUAGUUAAUCUCAUAAAGCCUCAGUUGUGCAAUGUUUUUUUCUUGUAGCAAUUGGGUUUACACACCAGUUACAUUUAAUUUUCAUUGGCUUUAUGUGGAUGUAAGUCUUCGUAAGUAAAGAAAGAAGAAAUACACUGGUCCUUAUUUCAAAUGAACACGUUUUUGUUUCUCGAUUUUUUGGGGCGCUAUUGUAAUAUAUCUGCAUGAUUCAGACAACAAAAAUCAAACUACAGGACUGCCAUGAUUACACGUCUUAAAAAUACUACUCAUAAUAGUUUUACUGUUGUGAAAUUAUUUUUUUCUUGAAUCAUGUAAGGUAUCCAAUUUUUAUUUUUGACUGCUUUCUAUAAUUUGGGAAUGUUUUCAUACCAUUUGGACAAAUUGAAAGUGUUGCAUUGCCUGUGAUAUAUUCACAUUUUUUGCUUCGUUGAAAAUUCUUUAAAUAAAUUUACAAUUCCGACAUUGUCUCGAUAGAAAUUUUUUUGUCGAAACGGUCACUGUACACGCAUUUUUUUUAAAUGAAAGGUGAAAUUUACGUUUAUUUUUAGUGGUAACGGUGGCGUAAUUUGCAUUGUUUUUGUAGCUUGAGAAAGGUUUUCAUUAAAAGUUUUUUGUAUUGCAUUUGAGUUUAAGCAUAUUGUACUUAUCAUUACUCUCAAAAUAUUAAGACAUUAUAUGAGUUAGGUACCACGAAAUGUGAUCAAAAAAGACAUCUAUUUUCAUUCCUAGAUCAAUUUCGCCAAAGUAUAAAUGAUUGGACAGGAGUGGCACUGUAUUAGAAACAGUUAUCAGUGUGGGCAAGAUGGGGGUUCAAAAUUAAUUAUUCAAAUAUUGACUGUGUGAUGCAAUUUUUGGGGUCUAUAUAAAUCUAAAAAGAAGCGUAUGCCAACAUUCUUUUGUUGCUAUGCUGCUGUAAAAUUGUGAUAAAGAAAUAGGUAUUCUUUCAGAUAUGUGGUGGAAGCAUAAAAAAACUCGUUCGAAAUUGAUUCUAAAUCCUGUCAAUUCUGACAAAAGAUUAAAAUUAUUCUUGAGGUUGAUUUUUUAGAUAAAGGUCCAAUCUACUAUUGCCUUCCAUUGUUUGAAAUGUGAUGAAUGACUGCCUAGUUCAUCAUUACGUUGAUAGUGCCUAACGAAACGGAGAGUAAUUCAACUAUUUGGUGAUUGUUAGUCUUUUUUGUGUGUAGUAGGUGCCAAAUUAUUGAUUAUUUUUAAGAGUGUUGAAAUUUAAUAUGAAUUUGUAAAAAUGUAUAUAUCCAUAUAAUUUAGGUUUUGUAACAAAUGUUUAAAAGUAUUAUAUAGUUGUUAUGAUAUUUAUACAUGUACUAUUAAAUAAAGUUUGUGUGUUAUACUUUAAUGUAUUUUGUUUUGAUUUCAACAAUACGCAACAAAGAUAUAAUCUGCACCGUAUGAUUUUGC